AUGUUGCUAAGACUACUCCUGGUGGGUGCCCACUUUGUGGUGGGGGCUUGGGGGUUCCUGGGGAGGGCGGGGCUGGUGGAGGGGUACGGGGAUGUGCUGGGGGUUGUGUGCCCCGAGUUUGACCCCCAGACCCCCAUAUGGGACCACGUGGAGAUAACCAAAGAGGGGGUCCGGCGAACCGUGAUUGAGUUCUUCAAAGACCUGUCAAAGGAAAACAACCGCGGGGGCAGCUACCGCCUGGACAUGACGCUGGAGGAGGCCUACAGGGCAUACCACAAUUAUGACUAUGGGAAUUCACCCCCUUCUACCAAGCGUCUCCUGCGAGCCCUGCAGGACAUCUCUGAUGCUGCUGCUGAAACCCAUGCGGGGGGCAUGGGCUCCCAGCCUAUGUACCACUUCAACAACGAGCAGUUCGAGACGUCGCACGCGAUGCUGCAGGCGCGGUGGGGGCGGCUGGUCGGGGCGUUGAAGUCCUUCGACGUGACGGCAGUGAGGUACCUGCUGGGAACGUCCCUUGCCGCCCUACAGGAUUUCUACGCCCACUCCAACUGGAUCGAGCUGGGGCACGACUCCAUCCUUGAAGACUUAGGACGUGAGUCGCUCCGCGUGAAAUUUAUUGCCGCGGGCCUGAAUGCCACCUCGCACUACCUCAACGAGCUCAGACGUGCAGUGGGCAACCAGCUGUUCAGCCAUCUUCUGUCUCUGCACUGGAGAUCUCCUGUGGCCAUUGUAACAGAUGUCUUAAUUUCUUUUCCCACCUGGAGCAACCCAAUCGGACUGUCGAGCUCAUACUCAUCCAGCCACAAACACGAGCCUGAGGAAUCCCUCCUCGUUCUGUAUUCCAAUACUCUGAGAGGAGCAACGGGGAUGUUCCGGUCCAGCUCCAUGGCUGGGACCAACCAUGCCCGCCAAUAUUCCUACUACAACUCCUCUGUGUCACUGAGGGACGCGUUGGCUGGUCUGCACGCGGCGGCCCACGCUGCCCUGCCAGACACGGAGGUCUUCCUGCUGACGGAGGGCACCCACCUCAGAGGCGCCGUCGGGGUCGCCACGCCACAACAUACACUGGAGCUUCUGCUGAGCAAGAGGAUCAAGGUAACACCACUGGUGGUUGGUCGAACAGAAAAAUUAGUCGUUUCCAACAGCUGGAACUCAUCUAGUGAACCCAACUCAACACUAGAUAUGUUGGGUUUGGGCGACACAAGUGAUACACCCCAGAGACCUGACGGUGGAAGAGGGGAGGUCCAGCCGCUCUCGGCAAGUCGUGUCUACCAGAUUCUGGCAGAAGUGGCCUUGAUGACAGGGGGGCACAUCAUAGAUGUCCCGUCUACUGCUGAUAUUACGAAAGCUCUCUCCCCACUCUCGGAGGGUUUUUUUCAUGGUGAAGUUCAGUUGUACCGUGAUAUAGCCGUGUCCACCGCUUCAAUCGUCAACAUGACAGUUGACAACCACAUCAGAGCUUUACGCGUCACGCUCUACGGCGCUUUUGCCGUGGCCACAGUGACGUUGGAUGGAGGUGGGUAUUAG